AUGACCUCCUCCAUGGAGCCUUGCGUUAUCUGUUUGGAAGACAUUGAUUUUCACCUCAUGUUUUCAGUUGAUAAAUGCGGUCAUCGGUUUUGCCGAAACUGUGUAAAACGCCAUAUAGAGACGAAGCUUCUUGAAGGAACGAUACCAAACUGUCCUCAGUAUCGCUGCAAGUCUAAGCUAUCUAUCGAUAGAUGUGACAGGAUUUUGGCUGCUAAGCCGAGUCUUAUGUAUAAGCAGAGGAUGAAGGAGGUGUUCACUCCUAUGAGAGAGAGAGUUUUUUGUCCAUACCCAAGUUGCUCGCAUCUAAUGUCCAAAACCGAGCUAUCUUCUACAAGUUCUUGCGAAUCUGGACUUAGGAUAUGCUCUAAAUGCAGUGGCUCCUUCUGUGUCCACUGUAAUGUUCCAUGGCAUAGUGGGCUAUCUUGUACCGAUUACAAUAAAUCGAGUCUUGAUAAGAAGAAUUAUGAUCCUCGGUAUGAUGCAAAGCUAAUGAAGUUCAUGGAAAAAACUUAUGGCUGGCGUCAAUGUGUCAAGUGUCACCACAUGAUUGAACGUUCUUCCGGAUGUGCUCGCAUAACAUGCAGGUAUGUUACGUAUCUUUUCUCUUUUAGAACUGGUUAA